GUUUCAAGAAGUCCCGGGAUGGAGCGCUCCCUUGACAAAGAGUCAGAGCAGGAUGCGGAACCUGGUGUGGACGAGAAGGAGGAGGAGGAGACAUCGAAAGCGGAACCCGAGUCAUUCGUCUUCGAGGUGGAAUUGCGAAAGCGUGGUAAGAAGGAUCCUCGCUGGGGUUUCGGCUGGUGCAACGAGUCGCUGCAGCAGAAAAGGCUGCGCGUUGCAAGUGUCAAUCCCGAGACGGUGUUGGACCGUUGGAACUUGAAGAAGAAGUCCAUGGGGGAGGAGGAGCUGGCAGUACGUGAAGGCGAUGAGGUCAUCGCUGUUGGAGGAGAGGCAGUCUUCGUCACCAUGCAGCAGCUCCUGCGGGAGGAGGUGGUGAAGCUGACUCUCCGGCGAGAGAGCUCCAGUGCAUCAGCCUGUCCUGGUAAGAUUUCCGGGACAGCUGCUACUGAGAGCGAUGCGGACGACCAAGAGGCCGCGGAAAGCAGCGCUCGCAGCUACCUGCAGGCCGCACACGAAUGCCACGCUUCUCUUGCAGAGGACCUGCAGGCUGUGUUCAGCGAUCCGGUGGCGAUCAAGGUGAAUGGCAGCUGCCAGCUUCAGGAUUGCCUCUUCAGGUUCACGAGCUCGGAGGCCGUGGAGGAGGACGCAAAGCCCGUCUACCAGUGCUCCGAGUGUGCCAAGGCUCAGCGAGGCUCCGACACGGAGAAGAAG